CUCAGCAUGGCUGGUGGCCACGAAUACUAUUCAACGUUUGCACUAGAAUGAGACUGGGAAGUAUCAGUCUUAUAGGAUCAUAUCAGCAGUUCUCCUUGACCAAAAGAAGCAGAAUCUCGGUCUCUUCAAUUCAAUCUGCAUGGUUGUGGGGUGAGGCCUUUCUCGACUCUACACAUUCUUUAGCUCGAGUCGCUCACGUAGCUGCUGCUACGAGUCACACAAAAUUCAAAGUCUCUGGCAUACCACAAUAAUUCUGCCCUUAUAUACAUAUCCAAACCAUUCCACAUUUAGAUCAAUAAGCCAUCCGAAACAUCAUUACCAGUCUAUUACUUUGGUCUCAGGGAUUCAUAUUAAGCACGAUACGCUGUCCGUACUUUAAGAUGGCCUUAGUCCAACUUUCACCAAGCCCAUGGCACAGGGGAACUGUGGCACCUUUUCUUCAAACGGCGGAGACCAAUUCUAGAUUUCCCCUUUCCUACCAUCAGCAGAGUCAGCCCUCCAAGGAUUUGAAGGAAGAGGGCCAGAUCUUAGGAAAUGUUCUACAAACUGACUUUAGCCAAGUUGGCGGCAUAAAUGCACCCUCAGUGGAUGACUGCCCAAUCAUCGGUCUCCGUUCAGAUUCCGAAGGUAAUUCUAAUGAUUCAACAGAGGGACCUCUUGAUGAGAACAAAAUCUCUGUUGAAUCUCACCGUCUGCCCUUGGCAGAUUUAACUGAUUUUGUGACAUCAACCAUUUCACUUGUACUGCCAGCUUUUGAGGGGUCAAGCGUAUCUCUGCCAUUGAUUCCUUUCUUUAAAAUCUUUGAAGACCGGUGCGAGGUGGAUUUAGUAGGGGACAGAAGCAAAGAUUUGACAGCUACUCCGGACAUUAGAAAUUCCCCAGCUACACUUACGAUUGCUGAUUCAAUCUCUUUUGGCAUGAAUGUAAGAAGCGAAAUAAAUAGGCAGCUCUCACUUCCUUCGGAUAGUAUACAAUCACAGCACUUGGAAACCAUUUCAAAUCAAUCAUACGCAUCUCCCAGAGUCAGCACCGCUUGCAGUGCCAUUUUUGUUCCAGCUGCCCCACGCCUUGCCAAUGCAUCCAAAAAUUCAGGUCUGGGCAACAAACUAGCAUGUCGAGAGAGAAAGCGUAUCAUUUUGUCGUCGACUCGGAGACCUCCACAUGUUAAGAAAUCCAUGCAACUAUGGUUGGAAUCAACCAAUCGCUUACUGGAUCCUUUCAGAGAAGAUCAGGAAUGCUGGUUUCAUCCAGCCCCGCCACCGCCUCGUGUAACGUCCAUCGGUACAUUACGGGCUUGCGGCGGAAUGCAGAGAACUUUCUACUGGCAAGAUCAUAAUGGCAAACAUAGCCUUAAGUUAAACUUUGGUAUAGUUUCAAAAAUUCUCUUUCAUGCCAUGACAAAAUUGCAGCAAGAUGGAUUUAUUAAUAAGAAGUGGCACCUCAGCCAUCUCUGUGGUAAUUGGACAUGUUUGAAUCCGGGUCAUACUACUGUUGAACCUGGAAUUGUCAACAUUGGCAGAAACAAUUGCUUUUCCCAUAGAUGCGGCUGCAUGCAUGACCCCAAAUGCAUGAAAGAGAAGAAAGCCAAUCUAGGAGCCAACGGAAUCCCCAUUUAUCAAAAUUCUGAAGUGGUGCAAGAUGGCGGGACUAGUGCUAUCGGUGGAGGAUUCCAAGACCCGUCAAUGCAAAAUCUUGACGAACAAUCCCUCUGAUCACGAAGAAUUGCUAGUCGAUUAAUUUCGGGAAGGGGCCCGACUUCGAUAAUCCUCUGCUUGAGCAAUUAGCUUGGGGCAAAGAUGGAAGUGUACAAGCACGGGGGUGUCAUUAGAUGCGAAGCCUUGCUUGGAUGAAAGUUUUGAAUCAUUAUUUUACGGCUAGA